AUGGUCUCACCAAAGCCUGAUGAAACAAGACCAGAUGUUCUGGCCCAGAAUCAUGCAUCAGGCUGUCAAUACCUGGGUCCUGGUGAUGGAGAUCAAAACGUCGUUAGCAGUAACGGCGUGCAAUUCAACGACCGCAGCGAUCGAAGGCAGUACACUACAUUGGCAUUGCACUUGCAAGCUGGUGGGCCAGGAAUACCGUCGGUUUGGAACUUGGCUGAAGCCUUGAACUUUUCAAAGACUGAGCCAGCUGAGCCAACUGCCACUGCCUUAGCAGACUGGCUGAUGCGGCAGGAAGAUUCACCUCUGGACGUCAAUCGUCAACAUCUUGAUAUCGUUAGUCAAAGGGCACCAGGUACAGGACAAUGGAUUAUUGCGAGCAAAGAGUUACAACAAUGGAGGGACUCUUCUAACCGUUCUCAUGGGUCCAUUGGGAUCCACGGAAUAUACACGUUGAAGAGUGAGAUCCAAGAGAAGCAGGACUCGGCUUGCAUCUACUUCUACUUCCAUGAAGGUGACGAAAAGUCACCCCCAGUGGCCCGGAUUUGGUCAACGCUGUUAUCACAACUUCUCCAGCACCCAGCUAGCAAGCACAUCUCGGAAGCACUGAGAGUCAAGUUUAACAACUCCUUCCGCGGCUCAGCUCCAAUCCAUCCACUGGAAUACUUCGACCUGUUUAGAGCUCAGUCUUCGCUAUUCAAGACUGUCUACUUGGUGAUCGACGCUUUAGAUAGCUGCACAAACACUCAGGGCGAAAGAACUCGUCAGAUUCUACAAGAGUCUCUUCGAAAGCUCCCAGGAAAUAUUCGCGUUCUCUUCACCUCUCGACGUGAGUCAUUAAUUCGUGACCUCGAUAUCAGUACCAGGAUAGAGGUCACUCCGCGUGCGGAAGACAUAGGGAUUUACGUGCAAGACCGGAUGAACGUGGAUACAGAACUUCGACGAGUGUUGGAGAACACGGAUCAUCAGGAAAUGGUUAUUGACAAGGUGACUAAGUUAACCAUGAAAAGUGGAAUGUUCCUUCUAGCUAAGCUGCACUUGCAUAAUAUCACGAAGCAAGGUACUCUGGCAGAUAUCAAGGAGGCCCUGCAACAGCUUCCCACAACCUCCUCAGGUGCCUUCGAAGUCUCUAUUAGAAAGAUCAUACGUGCCGAGAACCCUUAUGAAACCGAUCUUGCAAAACACGUCUUCACCUGGGUGGUGCACGCGAAAACCGGUCUAACUGUAGAUCAGAUACUAUGGUUCAACCAGCUCGCAUGGAUCAAACGCCUUCUCAGAUCGGGCGCAGAUAUCAACUCCAAAUGCUCAAAUGGCCAGACCCCUUUGCAUUGGGCUGCCGUUCUUGGAAGAUACAGGAUUCUAUUCUUCUUGGUUCAGAAAGCUGCAGAUGUUAACAUUCAGGAUAAAAGUGGUGAUACCGCUCUGCAUAAGCUACUCAUGGGGCCCAUGACUGAAGGGACACGCGAUGUACGAUGCCUUAUCCGCGCCGGUGCUAGAAUAGACCUGAAAGGAAGCAAAGGUUUGACACCUUUAUCAUCUGCCAUCCGUUACGGACCGACCUCAAUAGCACUAUUGAUGGUCGAGAAUCAACAAGACGUCGAUGUUGAGGUAACUGAAGGAUGGACUUCUUUGAAAGAGGUAUUCUACCAUGCCCACGAGAUGAUCCACAAGCUGGGCGACAGCGGCAAAGGCAAACCCGUCAAUGAUGGAUGGACACCUCUGAGAGAGGCAGUGAGGGCUCACGUAUCUUGUUUGAUCGAGGCCCUUCUACAAAAGGGUGUGAAUCUCAACCGUCCGACAAGUGAUGGUUGGCUUCCAGUACUUCAUCUAGUCAAAAGUGGCAAUGCAGAAGUACUGCAGAAGUUACUGGAGCGGCAACCUGAUCCAGCAAAUGCUAGCCAACGAGAUACAAACGAUGGGCGGUCUGCUCUGCAUUGGGCGUUUUACUACAAACGCUAUUCUGCAAUCAAACUGUUGCUCAAACACGGAGCAGAUGUCAAUGAAAAGGACCCAGAUGGGUCUACGCCACUGAUUCAGGCUAUCCGGGAAAGAAAUGAGGAUAUGGUCUGGCUACUGCUCAAGAAAGGCGCCAAGGUAAACCAAAAGGAUGGCAAAGGCUGGCUACCGUUGCACCACAGCAUCGAGUGUAAGAACAAGGAAAUAGCCUGGCUUUUAAUUGCGAACAAGCCAAACGUUCAACUGAGACACAUUAACGUUCCGAGUACUCUUGGUCUGGCUUUACGAAAAUCAGAGUACUCCAUUGCUUGGUUGCUUUGCCAGGCUGGUGCCGACAUCAACGAGGUUGACAAUGGGGGCAUGACUUCAUUACAUAGAGCCUGUCGUGACGGGCGGCUGAAGGAGGUAGAGUUCCUCCUCGGCAAUGGGGUUGAUCUAGCAGCCAAGGACACGGCUGGAUCUACAGCUUUGCACUAUGCUGUACUUGGUGGCCGAGUGAAGAUAUUGGAGCUCAUUCUAUCGCAGAGCGCUGCCAGACAGGUGAUUGACGAGCCAGACGGCAAGGGAAACACGGCACUACUACUAGCAAUCUUGCAAAGGAGUAGACCCAUGCUACAAAGUCUCCUCAUCAGCGGGGCAUCAUGUGAAGAGCAGGGUUCGGCUGGUCUGACAGCCCUUCAUCUUGCUGCAAGCCUGGGAUUCACUACUGGCCUCGAGUUGCUUAUGUCUCGGACAAACGACAUUGACGAGACUGACAGCCAAGGCUACAAUGCUGUCCAUCAUGCUGUCAACGGCAAGGAUGCGACUGAAAGCACUGUUAUGAUGCUGGCGGAAGGGGGAGUAGAUCUUGAGGCCCAAGACCACUCGGGGCUUACACCGCUGAUGUUGGCUGUUCAUCUUGGCAAGGUGAAAAUGACCCGCGAACUAAUAGCACAAGGAGUGAACAUUCAUGCCAGAAACGAUCACGGCUGGUCAGCUAUGGACCUGGUUGAUUCUCAGGGAUACCAGAGCAGGGAACAUAGUGUGAUAAGAGCGUAUCUUCUAGAAGGUCCGCCCUCAGCUGAGGAACCUGAAUACUGA